AUGCACUCCCAAUGGCUGUCCCAGAGAUGGACAGCCUACUUUUGCUUCCUAUCCCUUCUACUAUCCUUCAUUACUCCUGCAGUCUCGGUCAAGGAGAACGACUUCAAGAAAUGCCACCAGUCUGGCUUCUGCAAACGUAACAGGGCCUAUGCCGACAACGCACUUGCAUCGAGCUCCUGGGAAACACCAUACAAGGUCUUGCCAGAAUCAACAUCGUUCAAGGAUGGCCAGCUUCAGGCUGUCAUUCUUAAGACUAUCAACGAGCAGGGCGAAACUGUUCGACUCCCGAUAACCGUCUCCUUCCAUCAAGCUGGAACCGCCCGAGUCAUCGUGAAUGAGGAGAAGCGUCAAAAGGGAGAGAUCGAGCUCCGAAACAACAGUCCGAUCCGAAAGGAACGAUACAAUGAGGCCGAGAAGUGGGUCAUCGUGGGUGGAACAGCUCUCGACAAAGAUGCCAAGAUCAUCUACGAGGACAAGUCCCAGACAACUGUCCAGUAUGGACCUGACUCCAAGUUCGAGGCUGUCAUCAAGUUCGCGCCUUUCAGCAUUGACUUCAAGAGAGACGGCAAUUCGCAGAUUAAGUUCAACGACCGUGGCCUGCUCAACGUGGAGCACUGGAGGCCCAAGAUUGACAAGGUUGAGCCCGAAAAGAAGGAGGGGGAAGCCGAAGCAGGCGCCGAGACUGACGCCGAGAAGAAGACCGAGGAGGAACCAAAGGGUGAAGAUGAGAGCACUUGGUGGGACGAGUCGUUCGGAGGCAACACGGACUCCAAGCCUCGCGGCCCCGAGAGUGUUGCUCUUGACAUUUCCUUUGUCGGCUACGACCAUGUCUUCGGCAUUCCUGAGCACACCGGCCCUCUGUCCUUGAGGGAGACUCGUGGUGGCGAGGGAAACUUCGAGGAGCCAUACAGACUGUACAACGCCGACGUCUUUGAGUAUAUUUUGAACAGCCCCAUGACCCUCUACGGGGCCAUUCCAUUUAUGCAGGCUCACAAGAAGGACUCCUCGGUUGGCGUCUUCUGGCUCAAUGCCGCUGAGACUUGGGUUGACAUCACCAAGGGCAAAGAGUCGAAGAACCCACUGGCCAUCGGCGCCUCGGCAAAGACAAACACUCAUUCCCACUGGAUUUCUGAGAGCGGUCUGUUGGACGUCUUUGUCUUCCUUGGCCCUACUCCUCAGGAUCUCACCAAGGCUUUUGGUGAGCUUACUGGCACUACUGCCAUGCCCCAGGAGUUCGCACUCGGAUACCACCAGUGCCGUUGGAACUACAUCUCCGACGAUGACGUGAAGGACGUCGAUCGCAAGAUGGACAAGCACAAGAUCCCAUACGAUGUCAUUUGGCUCGACAUUGAGUACACAGACGGCAAGAAGUACUUCACCUGGGAUGACCAGAUGUUCAAGGACCCACUCGGCAUGGGCAAGCAGCUUGAUGCCAGUGGCCGCCAGCUGGUGACCAUUAUUGACCCUCAUAUCAAGAACGAGAAUGAUUACCCCGUCGUUUCUGAGAUGAAAGCUAAAGACCUGGCCGUCAAGAACAAGGAAUCAAAUAUCUACGAGGGUUGGUGCUGGCCAGGCUCAUCUCACUGGGUUGAUUGUUUCAAUCCGGAGGCCAUUAAGUGGUGGAAGUCGCUCUUCCGUUACGAUGCCUUCAAGGGCACUAUGGAGAACACAUGGAUUUGGAACGAUAUGAACGAGCCUUCGGUCUUCAACGGGCCCGAAGUUACUAUGCCCAAAGACAACAUCCAUCACGGAGGGUGGGAGCACCGUGACAUCCACAACAUCAAUGGUAUGACCUUCCACAAUGCCACCUACGAGGCUCUUGUGUCGCGUAAGAAAGGCGAGUCUCGCCGGCCAUUUGUGCUCACCCGAUCUUUUUACGCUGGGUCUCAGCGAAUCGGUGCUAUGUGGACUGGAGACAAUCAAGCCUCCUGGGACCAUCUCGGAGCCUCGAUUCCCAUGAUCUUGGCCCAGGGUAUCUCCGGCUUCCCUUUCGCAGGUGCCGAUGUUGGUGGCUUCUUCGGAAACCCGGACCAGGACCUGCAAGUCCGCUGGUACCAGGCUGGCGCCUUCUAUCCGUUCUUCCGUGGGCACGCCCACAUUGACGCACGCCGUCGCGAGCCCUACCUGAUCGGCGAGCCUUACACCAGCAUGGUCACGUCAGCCCUGCGACUGCGCUAUAGCCUCCUGCCCUCGUGGUAUACAGCCUUCCAUCAGGCUCACAAGGACGGCUCCCCUAUCGUCCGCCCCAUGUUCUACACCAACCCGUCCGACGAGGGUGGUCUUGACAUUGACGACCAACUUUUCGUGGGAAGCACCGGCCUCCUUGUGAAGCCCAUCGUCGACAAGGACCAGGAGUCCACAGACAUCUACAUUCCCGAUGACAGUGUGUACUACGACUACUUUACCUACGACAUUGUGCCGACCCAGAAGGGCAAGAAGGUCACCGUCUCGGCACCGCUGGACAAGAUCCCCCUGCUCAUGCAGGGCGGGCACAUCUUCCCCCGCCGUGACAGGCCGAGGAGGUCCACGGCGCUGAUGAAGUGGGACGACUACACGCUCGUCGUCACCCUGCCCAAGUCGGGCGGCCACGCAGAAGGCGAGCUGUACACGGACGACGGUGACUCGUUUGACUACGAGAAGGACCAGUACAUCCACCGCAGCUUCGUGCUUGACGGCAACGUCCUGUCGUCCAAGGACGCGGAGGGUAGGGAUACUAAGAAGAUUAAGGAGGGCGAGUGGCUCAAGAACAUGAAGAAUGUGAGCGUCGACAAGGUCGUCAUCGUCGGCGCACCGGCGAGCUGGGCCAAAAAGCAGGAGGUCACAGUCACUGGGGCAGGCGGCAAGACGUGGACUGCGCAGGUGGACUACACGCCCGGCACGAAGAGCAAGGCCGCGUUCGCGGUGGUCCGCAGGGUCGGGGCGCCAAUCGGAGAGGACUGGAGCGUCUCGUUUGAGUAG